CGUCAUCGCAGCGAAGGAGUUCUCAGCUAAAAUGAAAGCCUUCAAUUGGAUCGUCGCCUUUCUCCUUGUCAACACACUCCGAGGAGCAGAACAGCUCCCUAUCGUUGACGAUACUGCUCCAUAUUUUGAUGACUUCCCAGGCGGCGAGUCCACAGAUGCAGUUCCGUUAGAUGUACCCACGUCAGAUGAAACCACUGCAAGAAACGCACUGGAAGCAAAGUACAGUGAACCUGUCAAUGGUUCAGAUGUUUUGCAGAAGAGUGCCUGUUCCCUGCCACCACCAGGAUGCAAGUUAACUGGUUCUACAUCUGAAGAGGUUGAAGUUCUCCAGAUUACUACUCAGAAACCUUCGAAGAUUACCUCUCCGUCUGUUGAAACUGAUGGUACAAAAUAUUAG